UCGCACCGUCUCCUACACGACUCUCUCUCUCUCUUCACUGUCAUGGAGGCGCUUGUCUGCAUGAAGCUCGGUGAUCCCACCGUCCCCAUGACCUCCGAUUCGUCCCCGAUCGCGGCGGUCACCAAAUUCCACCCCGUCCCCGCGAUCUCCUCCUCGACCUCGGUCCGAGUCCGGAUCCGGGCCACGAGCCUCAACUUCGCCAAUUACCUCCAGAUACUGGGCCGUUACCAGGAGAAGCCCCCCCUCCCCUUCAUCCCGGGCUCCGACUACUCCGGCGUCGUCGAAUCCGUCGGAAGCGGCGUCUCCAGGUUCAAGGUCGGGGAUAAAGUUUGCUCCUUUGCUGCCCUCGGGUCCUUUGCCGAGUUCAUUGUCGUCGACGAGAAAGACCUAUUCUUAGUGCCCGAGGGAUGUGACCUAAUUGCUGCUGCUGCUUUACCUGUCGCUUUUGGGACUUCACAUGUAGCUCUUGUUCAUAGAGCGCAACUAAAACCUGGUCAGGUACUGCUUGUCCUUGGUGCCGCUGGUGGUGUUGGUAUUUCAGCUGUGCAGAUAGGAAAAGUUUGUGGGGCAAUUGUUAUUGCUGUCGCAAGGGGUGAUGAAAAGGUGCAAUUUCUCAAGUCGCUGGGUGUCGAUUAUGCCGUUGACUUGGGAAAGGGGAACAUCAUUGAAAGUGUGAAGAAUUUCCUCAAGUCGAGAAAUCUGAAAGGAGUUGAUGUUCUAUAUGAUCCAGUUGGGGGUAAACUUACAAAAGAGUGCAUGAAGCUUCUUAAUUGGGGCGCAAAUAUUCUUAUCAUUGGAUUUGCAAGUGGUGAAGUUCCAGUCAUCCCAGCAAAUAUUGCUCUUGUGAAGAACUGGACAGUUCAUGGACUUUAUUGGGGCAGCUACAAACUGCAUCAACCACAUAUCCUAAGAAACUCUCUUGAGGAGCUGCUAUCCUGGUUGUCAAAGGGGUUGUUAACUGUUCAUAUAUCUCAUUCCUAUAGUUUAUCACAGGCAGAUCUGGCUUUUGCUGCUAUUAAAGAUAGGAAAGCCAUUGGCAAGGUGAUGAUUGCUUUAGGGGGCUCCACUGCAGGAAGAUCAAAGCUCUGAUAUGACACAGGAUUGUAACAGGUAGCAGCAGAUGGUGCAGCACAAAUGAUCUCUGUAAUAAAUGCAGGUAAACAUUUGUUGUUUGCUCGCAACUUCUGUUAAAUGAUUCCGGGUUACUGCAUUUUAAGAUUCCUAUGUCGCUGGAUAUAAAGUAAAUACUGAAAACUCCAAUGCCGGAUAAUCGAUGAAAGUUAUUUAUAUAACAUGGAGACUUUCCGACCACCUCUCAUGUUCCUUUUAACAUAUAUUAAUCUUCGUUCGAGUAAUCAUUCUUGUAUUGUUUGGCAUGUCAGAUACCCUAGUGAUCCUCACAAUGUUGUGGGAGCUGCAACUAUAUUUCAGUGGGAUUUAGAUCAAGGGUUUUUCACAUUGUUAUAAUGGUUGGUUGCUUUCGAUACAACAAUUGUCAAUAACUGUAUCUAUGUGGUGGCCUCUGUGAAGGACUUGUGGUAAGUUAAUUUGGCCUCCUCUUAAAGGAUCAGCUAAUGUGGAGUGUCUCAAGAAACGAACUCCAUGUCCUUUCAUUGUGGUUUAGUAUAAAUAUUGCUCAGCACUGAUGAUGGAUCAUGCAGUUUGAUAUUAUGCUCAUUUUUA